UAAAAACAAAAACAAGUUUUCAAAACCAGUUUUGUUUCCUCUCGUGCCAACGCCGAAAGGACCUUCGAAGAGGACGGAUCGAAAACCAUUGCUUGUAUUUCACCGGUAGUUGCAUCUUGUGGACGCGACUCUCUGGGGCAACUGGAUUCGGAAACGACCUCACAAACGCAUCGGCACGCAGCACGAGCAGCCAAGCACGAUACGGCCAAGCAAACAUGGUGGCGGRGAGAGAGACAGCGGGUCCCGAUGGCGGUGGCAACAGCAACAGCAACAGCGACAGCRACAGCGAGAACAGCGGCCGUGACGGCCUUUCGUUCGUCGCCCGGCACCACGAUCCCGAGCAGUGGCCGCACCUGGUGCUGGUGGGACCGGAGGCCAACCUUUCCGCCCUGAGAGGGACGGACGAGCAGACGCGGUGGACGUUUUUCGAGGAACGGAACCGGGUGSUUUCGCCGUCGCUGCCGGAGGGGUUGGGGCCGCUGGUGAUGGAAUCCUCCCUCUCGGUGAACGCCACGGUGGCGAGCCCUUCUUCCACCGGGGAGGCGGAGACCGACGGGGAAUCCGAUCCAGCGGAGCUUUCGACCACCACGGUGUCCGGGGAGGUCUUUGUCACCAACCGGCAGGUCCUUUUUGUGGCGACGGAUCCGGACGAGUCCUCCUCCGACCUGGCCAUCGGGGCCGCGUGCAUCGUCCUCCACGCCAUGGCGGAGGAGCCCGUGCCCGGCGUCUACCUCCAGCUGUCCGCGGAAAGCGGGAGCGGGAGCRCCCCCCCGGCGGAGGUCACCCUGGCGCCCAUCCCCGGARRAAACGGCGGCGGCGGAGACGCCGGCGAYCCCUUCCAGGAGCUCUUUGACGCCCUCUGCCGGCUGGUCUCCCUCCACCCCCUCGAACCCGACAGCGGGGACGACGGGGGCCURUUCGGAGCCGGGGGAGUGAUCGGGGGCGGUUUUGGGGACGACGGGGCCGCCGACUACGGAGAACACGACGGCUUUGUGUGGGCGGGGGGCGAUUCCCUGGCCGCUUCCGCUGYCCCGGCUGGCUCCCCGGAGCGGGAGGCGAUGCUGGACCACCUGGACCGGCUCCUGGUGGUCCCCCCGGGCCUGGAGGUGGGGGAAGACGGGCAGUUCGACGACGCCGCGGACGAAACGCCGUGAGCGGACACACCACACCAAGGACAGGUACUACUGUAUUUCGAAAAAAAAAUGAUCCAACCAACCAACAAACUAGUAGCAACAAAUAAGCGAUGAAAACCGUG